AUGUGGUCGCGCGCACUGCACAUCUUCGACGGGUUGCUCGACGCUGCCUGCGCAAUGCCCCUUCUGAAGCACCAGAGAAUCCGGAUCUCUUUCUGGCCGCACCUGAGCCUCGAGCAGCUCAUCUACCUCGUGCGCAAUCAGUUCCGUUGGACAAUGGAUAUCGGGGACGAUGAAUUUUUCCACACGUCGCUCGGAAGGAAGCGGCAAAUUGAGGUCAAGAUCGGACGCGAAUACCUCUUGAUGAUGGGGCGCGGCUGG